UACGCCUGCACGAUUUUUGAAUGGGCCAACCACAGUCUCGGCCCGAGGCAGACGAGUGGGCGAGAAAGGCGAUCCAACUGGCGGAGGAGUUGAAGAACAGAGCAGAUGCUGACGCAAAACGGGAUCGAGAGGAAAAACUGAAGGCAGAAGCGGAGAGAGAUCGACUUGUGGAGUCAGUGGAAGAGGCCAAGAUUGUGCAGCAGCGAGAGCCAAGGGCCCGAGAGGCCGCGGAAAGGAAAGCAGCGCAAACAAAAACGGCGUUGGAGCGUGCCGAAUUGGAGCUCGAACGCCUCGAUGGCGAUGUCAGGCCCAUCGUCGAUGUUACAGUAACCGAGAUCGACCAAAAGAAAAUGGAAUAUCAGUUCAAAGAGGGCGUCUUCCACAUUGCCGUUGCUGGUUGCGCGGGCAGCGGCAAGUCAUCGUUGAUCAAUGCCCUCCGUGGUCUCAGCAAUCAUUCUCCUGGUGCAGCGCCAGCGGAUAUUACGGAGACGACGAGUGCAGUGACCCGCUACCCUGAUCCUAAUUCAGCGAAUCGUCUUGUCUGGUACGACGUUCCAGGCACGGGAACGCUGGACGUCCCUGACUGGGAAUACUUCAAUGAUCAAGGCCUCUACGUGUUCAAUGCUAUCAUUGUCUUGUUCGACAGUCGCUUCACCGAGAAGGACCUCGCAAUCAUCAGAAAUUGCGUGCGGUUCAAGAUACCCAUAUACAUCGUUCGGUCCAAGUCGAGACAGCACAUUCGAAAUCUCGUCGAUGACAUGCCACCAGUGGAAGGCGACGAUGAGGCUCAGCGGCGGGUUCGGGCGCGCCAGCAGUACAUCGAGGAAACUCGCGAGAAGGUGAAUCAUCACCUGGAGUUGGCGAGACUCCCUCGCCAGCCAGUUUACCUCGUCGACAAGCAGACGAUAGUGCAAGUCGUGUCACACGCGCAACCCGAAGAGCUCAUUGACGAACAGGACUUAUUGCGAAGCCUGGUUACCCGUGCCAAAAUCGCACUUGGAAUUGCGUAA